CAUAAGCAGCAAGAAGAAGAAUAAGAGGAAGUAAGCCUUUGUGUACAGAAGAGGCCCGAAGGAUAGCUGACGGAUGCCUUGAGAAUGUGGCCGUCGGAUGGCGAUUACGGAGUCCGUCUGGAGUACGGUCAUCCAGGCGGCGCGCUGUAUGCUCCCGGGCUGUCUUUGGAAGGGUCCUGGAUUUAUCCGCGGUUGCAUAGCAAUAGUCUGAGAUGGAAAGCGACGAAUCAUUUGAAAAUGUACAGCGGCGCGACGCGACUUGAGAUCAACGAUUCCGCACGGCUUCCGCUGGACUACUCCCGGCGACAACUGAGCAAAUUAGUACCAGACUCGUUCAUCCCCAGCGAAGUGGUGAGCGACGCGCUAAGAGAAGUGAAAGCGCUCAACCGAAAGACGCCGUCGUUUGUCGAUCCGCUGCAAGGCAAUUUACUCGAUUUCGGAUAUUUACGAGACCACACCAACGAUCGACGGAGAAAGUGCUGCGCGUUUGCGGGUGGGGUGAAUACCACGAUCCUCCAUGUUGCGACCGUGGUGGACGGAGAGUAUGAGCUGGAUGCGUUUCGAGGGUCGUAUCUCGAACUGCCGGUGUUGGGUGCGCAUCAUGCGCAGCUGGAUAUCAAGGAGCCUAUCCUGGGGCUCAAAUUUGCCGGGUAUGAGACGUCGGAUAGUGUGAGAGCGGUGCUAUCGGUUCGGACGCAGUCGGGAGUGUCGUUCUAUCGACCGGGGAUGGUGCGCUCUGAGAUGUCGAGAAACCAGCUGAUGACGAUCGAUUUGAUGUCGACGAUCACUGCGCCCCAGUUCAGUACGUUUUCAGAUAUCUCGUUUAAUCCGUGGUACUGGCGACAGUUUGCGGUGGUGGAUAAUUAUGGAAAGAUACAUUUGCGAGAGAUGAAUUACACAAAUACAGGUGUCCCGAAACCGCAUUUUCAGCAGUUGGGAGGGCAGGAGCAGGUAGAAGCGCCUGAGCGUCAUCGAGUUCUUUGGGGUGCGAACUUGAAUAACCUGAUUAUGUCAAAUAGUCGCAAUGUGCUCUCGUUUGAUCUUCGGGCGCCGGCAGGGAAUGCUCCACUGCGGUAUGCCCCGCGAAAGUCGUCGAGAAUUAUUGAUGUGCAUAACGUGGGAGAGAAGAGGAAUGAGAUGCUCGUGGUUACUACUGACGAUUUGAUUUGGAUGGAUCUCCGAAUGUUUCCGAAGGAGUCUCUGGCAUGGAAGCACUACCGGGACCAUGAUCCCGAAUUAAAGUGUUCAAGCUUUGUGUCCAACGAUGACACUUAUGCUCUGUUAUAUUCGACAGCUGAACCACUUGUUACCUGCUACCAGUUUGGGAUGCGCGACAAACUUCCUUUCUCAUGCGAAGAUCCGUAUAUAUUUUCGGCAAACAUCGGACCUCGCGUGCUAGAUCUUGUGCCUCUACCGGCUAAGUUAUCAGAAAUGUCGGAGCCGAACGAUCAUCUGAGUCAGUGCAGCUUUAUGACGAUGUAUCAGUUUUCGAUGGAUUACAGUCUUACGCAACGACUUUAUUGUUCUGAUAAUACAGGGGCUCUGCAGUCUCUGGCGUUGGAUGUAUGGGCUGAUGCCGAUGGUAUAUUUAAUGAUGCAGCAGCGCUGACUGAUUUCAACGACCCCGAACCAAUUAUUGCUCCUCGCACCGUGAAUCUGCAUCCGCUAUAUGAGAAAGUAUUCCCAGAAGAAGACAAGACCCUCGUCACGCUGUCAGCGGAGCAAGUGACGAGGGACGUCUGCGGACGCAUAUGGCGUCUCUUCACCGAAAACACAAAUCAGACUUUAGCCGAGCCAGCGAGUCUAUUCGAGCUGGUCGAUUACACCGGUGUCGCGGACGAUUUAUCCGUGUUUGCUGCUGGAUUGCGUGAACUUGCUGAGGCGCUGGAGCGAGAAGGAUACGGCGUGUAUGACUGUGGCUUGCAGAACUCGGCGUAUAGUGCUUUGAACGGGUUAGAUGCGCAGGCGAAUUACGAGCGGCUUCUUGCGAUCUGGGUACGUUCACUUCCGACGGCUUCGCGGACGGUCUUUCGCGAAGACGAGAACGGGGAUACGGUCGAAGACGGCAUGGUCCGUCCUGUUCCGGCUAAGGUGCGUUUGCGAAGAGAACGGAUUGCGCGAAGGAUAGCGGGGAAUAUAGCGAUGGAGUCUGUGGUGGUUGCGCCAACGACCAGGGCGAAGGAUGUGAGUGCGGACGAGAAUAGUGCGGAGUUUGCGCUGCGGGAGUUGGCGCAGUUUGUCAAGUUUAGGAGUAAAGCGGAUGCGAAGAGUAAUGCACAUAGGUUGGCGGCGGGGUGGAUUGUCGGAGAUCAGGAGGGUUGAUGAGGGUGUGUUGAUGUGUAAUGUACGAUGUAUGGUGGGCAAUGUAAGAUAGAUAGAUCACAAGUAAUUUAACUUGAGCAACCGUGGAAUUUGGCUGAGAAAAGAUUGCCAGGCUAUCGCUCAGGAUGCGAAGUAGCUUCAUCCUUGAGCCCGGAGAUCAUUUUCUACAGAAAGUCAGUAAGCACACCCUUCUCCUCCACAACCAGAACACAACAUACAGCCAACGCCUCAGGACUCAUUC